AUGACCAUUUUACUGCGAUCUGAGUUAAAAAAGGACUAUGGUACGAUGGUAAACCGAGGAAGUUCUGAAAAGAAGUCAAAGUGGUCAAUAUAUGCUCUUUCUAUCCAUUUAGGAAAUACCCCUCUUCGAUUUCCACUUGUGUUGAUUGGUCGCUUUCCUCGAACCAUAGAGGAGAUGCAACAUUGUGUGUCUGUCAAUGAUUACACCCAUAUCCGCCAACUCUCCAAGAAUGUUGUUUCCAUCUCUCUUAGUGAGGCUCAGAACCCUGAGACUGACAAUACAUGGGCAUAUCUUUGGACUGUGAUCCCUGUCACAAAAGACUGUUCCCUGGGAAAGGGUAUGUUCCUCAUCCAUACCCUUGAGGGGGUUUUUCCCUCCUAUGUCGAUUCUCCUGAGAAACAAAUCCCUGAUAUAGAUUUUUCUUGUUCCAACGUGAUGGUUGUACCUAGAAGUCAUGGUUUGUUUGACGACGAAACUGGUAAAAGAGACUUAGAUCCUUCUUUUUUUAGGAGGUCAACUUCCACUUUCUUGGCCUUGCCGUUAAUUUUCUGCUGGUACAUGAUUUGCUGUCCUCCAAUUCAGCUCUUCAAUUUAUACUGUAAUGACCACUUCUACGUUGUAGGUGAGUUAGAAUGUGGUUUCUCUUGUAGUCGAUUUAGGGUGGCACGAUAG